AUGCAGAAUACCAUGCAGCAGACACAAAAAGAAACUAAAACUUCCAUCAAAGUUGGUUUAUUUGGAAUUAAGCUAAUUCGUACAAGUAAGACUACACAAACAUCGGGUUGUGUUCAUCAUGAACCUACAUCCCACAUGCUUGAGUUAACGUUUAAUGAUAGUAGUAUACCUCAAGAAACCAGCCUAUACAAACCAAAAACGACAAUAAACAAACAAGAACUGCAAUCCAAAGCUGGUGAAGAUCAAUUUGAUGGAGUGACCGUUAAUGACAGUGAGAAUAUAGAAAAUAUUUUGAUGGAAAUGGAAAAAGAAAUCGAAAAAAACCCCAAAGAAAUCAAAAAAGAAAUCAAAAAAAUCGAAAAAGAAAUCAAAAAAGAAAUCAAAAAGAAUGGGAUAAAUGAAUAUGUAAAAAAACUGAUCUCAGAACCUAAUUAUAAGACUAAAGAUGUAUAUGAAAGCAAACUAUUUUUAUAUAUAAAUCUAAUUGAUAUUGCUAAAUUAAAAAAAAUACUGGGAAAAUAUUUUAAUUUAGAAGAUCCAUUAUUAACAACAGAAAUUAAAAAAGAACUAAAUUCAAAAUACCCAGGAUUGAACAUAAACGAAGCUGAUGAUAUACUUAGGGUCACUGUUAAUUUUAUUAUUAUGAUGUAUAUGCGUCAGAAAAUAGGUAAUAAACUACAAUGUUUAUUCAAAAUCGACAUCGAAAUAGAUAUAUUAAUAAGUAAAAUGAAUCCUAAAAAAAUAGUGUGUCUUGAGAUUAAAGAUCAUAACAUCAUUCCCACCCUGGUUUCUAUUAAGGAAUUAAGUAGUAUAAUACCAUUGUAUAGUAAUAUCCUCAAUGAGGGAUUAAAAAACUUUUGCAAUAACUGUGAUUUAAUAACAAUAUUAUUUAAUCAAGAAAUACCAUCAAAUAUAGUUAAUAUUAUGGUAGAAUUAGGCAAUGAAAAUGUUGAAAUUCUCAAAAAAAUCAUAGAAAAUAUUGACGGCAAAUAUAAACAAUCAGGGAGUACUGAUGCAGUUGAUUUGAAGAUCGAUACAGAUCUUUCUACUUUUUCAGCGCAUGUGCAUUGUCUACCGAAUGAAAAUAUAAUGUAUACCUUUUUAAUAUAUUUGGUAUACAAUCGAAAUUCUCUUCCAUGGGAAUAUCUUAUAAAAAAUAUAGAAAAUGAAAUUAUUCAAACAAACAAUAAAGAUUCUAACGAUUCGCAGAAAUCAAGUGAUGAAAAAUUGCCUGAGGAAUCUGCUCAAAAUGAAAAUCGUGAUAGUUUAACAAAUCAUUUAUGCUUCCGAUUUAUUUUUUUGGUUUAUAUACUAAUGAUUAUUUGUAUUUCUAAUGAUAAUAAAAAAAACACAGUAACUGCAGAUCUUCUAAAUGUUAUGGUAUAG